CUGUACAAAGAUGGCGGCCGCGCGUCGGCGGGCGAGACGGAGGGGAGUGCUGAGGCGGCGAGGCGAAGGUGGCGGCAGUAGUAGUAGGAGUAGUAGCAGUAGCAGUGGCAGCCGCCGCAGCGCCGGCCGCGGGAGACAGUGACAGGUGCGGGGAGGAAAAGGCGGGGGAGCGGCGGCGGCCGAAGCGCAGGUGAUCUUGUGAAUUAGUGUACUAUCAAUGAUGGCAGAACAUCCACCGUUACUGGAUACCACUUCGAUUAUAAGUAGUGAAAUCCCUCUUCUAACUUCCCCUAUUGUUAGCGGGGAUGGAGCCCAACAGGUUAUUCUUGUGCAAGUUAAUCCAGGGGAAGCAUUUACAAUAAGAAGAGAAGAUGGACAGUUUCAGUGCAUUACAGGUCCUGCUCAGGUUCCAAUGAUGUCCCCAAAUGGUUCAGUGCCUACUAUUUAUGUGCCUCCUGGAUAUGCCCCACAGGUUAUUGAGGAUAACGGUGUUCGGAGGGUUGUGGUGGUUCCCCAGGCUCCAGAAUUUCAUCCUGGUGGUCAUGCAGUGAUACACAGGCCUCCGCAUCCCCCACUGCCUGGUUUUCUUCCUCUUCCAGCCAUGAUACCCCCUCCACCACGUCAUAUAUACUCACCUGUGACUGGAGCUGGUGACAUGGCAACACAGUACAUUCCACAGUAUCACACCUCACAAGUAUAUGGGGAUCUGGAUACUCUGCCUGCUCAUGGAAGAUCCAACUUUAGAGAUGAAAGGUCUAGUAAAACAUAUGAAAGGUUACAAAAAAAAUUAAAAGAUCGACAUGGAACUCAGAAGGAUAAGUUAAAUAGCCCUCCAUCAUCUCCUCAGAAAUGUCCUUCUCCUACAAGUGAACAUAAUGGACUUACAAAAGGACAGGAUGCAGCUGGUAUAAGCCCAGGUUCUACCAAAAACAAGUCUUUGGGUAAAGGAAAAAGCAAUUCUCAGACAGACACAGAAGUAGAAGAAAAGGAUGAAGAAACAAAAGCACUUGAAGCACUUCUUUCUAAUAUAGCCAAGCCAGUGGUAUCAGACAUUCAGGCAAGAACAGCACUGCUUAUGUGGUCCCCUCCAUCCAGUGAUACCAGAGAAGAUGCUGACAAGAAUGACAUACCAGAUGUUUAUACUUACGAAGUAAUGAUUUCAAAUACCGGAAAAGAUGGAAAGUACAAAACUGUAUACAUUGGAGAAGAAAAUAAAGUUACUGUAAAUGAUCUCAAGCCAGCAACUGAUUACCAUGCAAAAGUCCAAGUAGAAUGUAACUGUGUAAAGGGGAGCCCUUCAGAAGCAGAGAGUUUUACCACAGUAAGUUGUGAACCUGAUACUCCAAAUCUGCCCAGGAUAACUAAUCGGACCAAAAAUUCUCUUACUCUGCAGUGGAAGGCAUCUUAUGAUAAUGGUUCUAAAAUCCACAGUUACCUUCUAGAAUGGGAUGAAGGAAAAGGAAAUGGAGAGUUUUGCCAGUGUUAUUAUGGCCAACAAAAGCAGUAUAGGAUUACUAAACUAUCACCAGCAAUGGGAUACACCUUUAGACUAGCAGCCAAAAAUGACGUGGGAAUGAGGAAUACCUGCACAUGUUACAGAUUCCUGCAGCGUAAGCUGGUAGAAGACACUGAUCAUGGUUUUAGUGAAGAAGUCCUGUAUCAUACCUCAGGCACUGCCCCGACCACACCAGCAAGUCCUUUGCUGAUUAAUGCUGGAGUUACUUGGUUAUCCCUACAGUGGACAAAACCCUCAGGAACACCAUCAGAUGAAGGAAUCUCGUAUAUAUUAGAGAUGGAGGAUGAGAACUCAGGAUAUGGUUUCAAGCCAAAAUAUGAUGGUGAUGAUCUUACCUACACAGUGAAGAAUUUGAGGCGUAGUACAAAAUACAAAUUUAGGGUCAUUGCCUAUAACUCAGAAGGGAAAAGCAGUCCAAGUGAGACAGUAGAAUACAUUACUUGUCCAGACAAGCCUGGAGUACCUUCAAGACCAACAGUGAAAGGAAAAAUUCACGCACAGAGUUUUAAAAUAACCUGGGAUCCCCCAAAAGACAACGGAGGAGCAGCAAUAAAUACCUAUGUUGUGGAAAUGUCUGAAGGCUUAAAUGGAAACAAAUGGGACACGAUAUACAGCGGAGCUGCUAGGGAACAUGUGUGCGACCGACUAAAUCCUGGCUGUUCCUAUCGCUUACGUGUAUAUUGCGUUGGGGAAGGAGGACAAAGCACGGCAUCUGAUUCUUUACUGGUGCAGACACCAGCAGUGGUUCCUGGUCCAUGCCAACCUCCAAGGCUACAGGGUAGACCAAGAGCAAGAGAAAUUCAGCUGCGCUGGGGACCACCUCAGGUAGACGGUGGUUCACCCAUUACGUCUUACGGUCUGGAAAUGUUUCAUACGGAAACCGAUGAACAUAGAGAGGUGUACCAAGGCUCUGAUGUUGAAUGCACAGUAGGCAGCCUUCUUCCAGGGAGGAUGUACAACUUCAGACUGCGAGCAGCUAACAAGGCUGGGUUUGGACCUUAUUCAGAAAAAUGUGAAAUAACUACAGCACCUGGACCACCAGAUCAGUGCAAGCCCCCCCAAGUGGCAUGCCGAUCUUCUGCAUGUGCUCAGGUGUCGUGGGAGGUUCCAGUGAGUAAUGGAGCUGACGUCACAGAGUAUCGACUGGAGUGGGGUGGUGUGGAAGGAUGCAUGCAGAUCUCCUAUUGUGGGCCCGGGCUCAACUGUGAAAUGAAAGGGCUUUUGCCUGCCACUAUAUACUAUUGCAGGGUUCAGGCAGUGAAUGUUGCAGGUGCGGGCCCUUUCAGUGAAGUAGUGGCAUGUAUGACUCCAGCCUCUGUACCUGCAGUUGUGACUUGUCUUCGGGGACUAGGUGAAGAUGAAGUUGAAAGUCCACACUAUUCUUCUUCCACAUGCCUUGCUAUAAGCUGGGAAAAACCUUGUGACCAUGGAUCUGAAAUCCUUGGCUACAGCAUAGACUUUGGAGAUAAGCAGCCAAUAACUGUUGGGAAGGUUCUGAGCUAUUUUAUAGAUGGCUUACAGCCGGAUACUACCUACAGAGUACGAAUUCAAGCCCUAAACAGUCUUGGAGCGGGUCCUUUCAGCCACACCAUAAAACUGAAAACGAAACCUCUCCCCCCGGAUCCACCUCGCCUGGAAUGUGCUGCAUACAGUUCUCAGACUCUCAAGCUGAAGUGGGGAGAGGGAACUGCAAAAGCACUAACUGACUCCAUUCAGUACCACCUUCAGAUGGAGGAUAAGAACGGAAGGUUUGUAUCCUUAUACAGAGGACCGUGUCAUACAUACAAAGUACAAAGACUCAGUGAGUCAACAUCAUACAAAUUUUGUAUUCAGGCAUGUAAUGAAGCUGGUGAAGGUCCCCUUUCUCAAGAAUAUGUUUUCACUACUCCCAAAUCUGUUCCAGCUGCCUUGAAAGCACCAAGGAUAGAGAGAAUAAACGAUCACACUUGUGACAUCACGUGGGAGGUUCUGCAGCCCAUGAAGGGUGAUCCAGUUAUCUACUGUCUUCAGGUCAUGGUGGGAAAAGACUCGGAAUUCAAACAGGUUUAUAAGGGUCCGGACUGGUCAUUCCGAUACACAGGCCUCCAGCUGAACUGUGAAUACCGUUUCCGUGUGUGUGCCAUUCGACAGUGCCAAGAGACAGUAGGUCAUCAGGACCUGGUAGGCCCCUACAGUGCACCAGUGCUAUUCAUCUCUCAGAGGACUGAACCACCGGCGAGCACCAACAAGGACGCUGUGCAAACCACAAGGACACAAUGGUCACAGAGCGACCAAGUGUGCGCUGCUGUCAUCCUUGCACUUUUUGCUAUCUUUUCCAUUCUGAUCGCUGUUAUCAUUCAGUACUUCGUAAUAAAGUGAAGAAAGAGAGAUUUAUUU